AUGGCGCCCUGGCGGCGCCGGGCCGCGCUGGCCGUGCUACUACUCACCGCUAAAGGGUUACUGUGCGGCGACGCGGCGGCGGCUUGUGACGCGAGCCCGGACGUCGCCGACGCGGCGGCGGCUUGUGACGCGAGCCCGGACGUCGCGGUCGACGAGCUCCGGGCGCCGCUCAGCCUGUGGUCGGGCGCGCCCCCCGCGGCGUCCGCCCUGGCCGACGCGUCGGCUCUGAGGCUGGAGCCGAGGCAGCUGGUGCUCGAGAAGGCGUGGACCUGCAUGCCGGCGUGGCAGGUCGUCGAGAUCGUCAACGCCGGCAGCCGGGAGAUCACAGUCGAGGGCGCGACCUCGGACCACCAGAUGUUUACUCCGUACAUGCCUAAACGCACAGUGCUGAGGCUGGGCGAGGCGUGCAAGAUGCGGGUGCUCGUCGUGGCUCAGUCGGUGGGGCAGUUCGAGGGCGUCAUCUACGUGCACACCAGCCAGGGGCUGGUGCCGUACACGGUCAGAGCGUCCGCCGAGGAGAACGAUUACCGCGUCGAGCCCAUCGUAGGGGCAAAGGUCGUGGUGGGCGAGAGGUUCAGCGCCCCGGUGAUGGUCCACAACCCGCACGGCGAUAGCAUCCUCGUCCAGGAGGUCGCGACGGACGAGGACUUCCUGCACCUGGCGCAGCCGGUGGACAGGCCGCCCAGCGACGGCGGGCCGGAGGGCCAGUCCCUCGAACCGGAGACCGCGCCGUCCUUCGGCAACAGGGAGUUCUGGACCGUGCUGCCAGGCCAGCACAGGCCUCUGGUGUACGUGACCUUCUUGUCGCACAUCCCGAAGAAUUCAAGGGCAACGUCCACCUCACGACCAACAAGAAAAAACUCCAGAUUCCCGUGGAGAUCACCGUCACCAAGGGCGGCGCGCAUGUGA